AUGAAUUUAUUAAAUUUAACUGCUAUUUUUCUUAUAACAUUAAUUUUUUUAAUAAAUAAAAUAAAUCCAAAACCUGAAACUCAUAUAAUUAAAAAAAGAAGUGGUAUUAGUAACGAUGCUGAAAAACUUCCUCCACAAAUACAUUGGUGUUUAGAAUUAGAACCAGGUAAAACAUAUAAUCAAUUUUUGGAUGUUAGUAAAAUAUUCAUUAGACAAGCAAUGAAAAGUCUUCAAGAUAAAACGUGUUUGACAUUUACAGAAGAAACAAACUGUCCAAGUGAUUCAAAUCUUUCAAAUCGACUGAUAAAAUUUAAAGGAGAUCUUAAAAAUAGAUUAACUAGUUAUAAUUUUCAAUACCAAAAUCCAAUUUCAAAUCCUUAUGAAAUAAAAAUUGAAUAUUUUUGUAAUAAAAGAGUUGGAUGUUUUACAAAAAAAAUAUUGGCAUAUUUAGGCUUAAUUUUGACGCAUAGAAGAUCGGACAGAGACACAUAUAUUAAAAUGAAUGAUUCAAGUAUUUCCCCAAAUUACAAAAGUGAAUUUGAAAUAAUAAAUAAUGCUGAUUUAGGUGGUACAGGAUAUGAUUAUGGGUCAGUUAUGCAUAUAUCAAAGUUUUAUCGAAAUUUAAAUUUUGGUGAUGUUUUUAAUAUUAGUCCGGAAGAAUAUGAAUUAAUGACAGGUCAAGAAUAUGGCCCAAGUUUCAAUGAUUUAAAACUUUUAAACCAUCGAUAUUGUGAUGAUAAAUGUAGUACCAAAUUAGAAUGUAAAAAUGGUGGAUACACAAAUCCUGAUUCAUGUAGUUAUUGUGAAUGUCCUAAUGGAUAUAAAGGAACGUUAUGUGCUGAAAUUGAUGAUUCGGAUCCUGGAUGUGGUGCGACUGAACUCGUUGCAACACCGGAAGAAAAUGAACUUAAUUUUGAUGGGAAAAAAAAAUGUAACAUUCAAAUAACAGCAAGUGUUGGAAAGAAAAUUAAAAUAAAUGUUAAGUUAGCCCAAGUCCCAUCAUUUAAUCCAUGCUUUGAAAAACAAGCUUUAGAAAUAAAACACAGAUCAGAUAAAUCAUUGACAGGACUUUGUCUUUGUACAUAUGCUAAGGAUUCGAUUGUUAAAUCUGAAGAUAAUACUGUAUUGAUUCAAUAUAAUGGAGAAAGAGUUGCUAAUACUGUUAAAUUAACUUAUCAAGAAGUGGAUGAAUAA